AGGUGCAUCAUAAGUAGAAAAGACUGAGAUUACAGAUGAGAAGAGAUUGCAGCUAAAAUGAGCCUGGGCAAUACGGGAUGUUUCGUGCCACACACCAAAAGAUUCUGAAGAUUUAUAGAAACGAACACAGUUGCCAAUGAGAGAGACAAAGGACUUGGCUAUCAAAAAGCAGAGUGCUUGCGACACUGGUCACCAUGCGUAAAGGGGCACUGAGGGACCCCGAGGUCGCUGAUCUGUUCUACAAAGAUGACCCUGAAGAGCUUUUUAUCGAUUUGCACGAAAUUGGACAUGGGAGUUUUGGAGCAGUUUAUUUUGCCACAAAUGCUCACACUAAUGAGGUGGUGGCAGUUAAGAAAAUGUCCUACAGUGGGAAGCAGACCCAUGAGAAAUGGCAAGAUAUUCUUAAAGAAGUUAAAUUUUUGCAGCAGCUGAAGCACCCUAAUACCAUUGAGUACAAAGGCUGUUAUUUAAAAGAGCACACUGCAUGGUUGGUGAUGGAGUACUGCUUAGGCUCAGCCUCUGACUUGUUAGAAGUUCAUAAGAAACCACUUCAGGAAGUAGAGAUUGCUGCCAUCACUCAUGGUGCCUUGCAGGGGCUGGCCUACCUCCACUUCCAUUCACUGAUUCACAGGGAUAUUAAAGCAGGAAAUAUUCUCCUAACAGAGCCAGGCCAGGUGAAGCUAGCUGACUUUGGAUCUGCCUCUAUGGCUUCUCCUGCCAACUCUUUUGUGGGCACGCCUUACUGGAUGGCUCCUGAGGUGAUCUUAGCCAUGGACGAAGGACAGUAUGAUGGGAAAGUUGAUGUCUGGUCUCUGGGGAUUACCUGUAUUGAACUGGCUGAGCGGAAGCCCCCGCUUUUCAACAUGAAUGCAAUGAGUGCUCUGUACCACAUUGCCCAGAAUGACUCCCCAACACUGCAGUCCAGGGACUGGACAGGCUCCUUCAGGAGAUUCGUUGAUUGCUGCUUGCAAAAAAUACCUCAGGAGAGACCAACAUCAGCAGAACUAUUACGGCAUGACUUUGUUCGGCGGGAACGGCCACCUCGAGUCCUCAUUGACCUCAUACAGAGGACAAAAGAUGCUGUCCGGGAGCUAGAUAACCUACAGUACCGAAAAAUGAAAAAAAUCCUUUUCCAGGAGACCCGGAAUGGGCCCUUGAACGAGUCCCAGGAAGAAGAAGAAGACAGUGAACAUGGAAGCAACUUGAACAGGGAAGUGGACAGCCUGGGCAGCAACCACUCCAUCCCCAGCAUGUCAGUGAGCACCAGCAGCCAGAGCAGCAGUGUGAACAGCAUGCAGGAAGUCAUGGACGAGAGCAGCUCCGAGCUGGUCAUGAUGCAGGAUGAUGAAAGCACGCUCAAUUCUGGCUCCUCUGGGAUACACAAGAAGGAUCAUGUAUUCAUAAGGGAUGAGGCGGGCCACGGCGAUCCCAGGCCUGAGCCGCGGCCUACCCAGUCAGUUCAGAGCCAGGCCCUCCACUAUCGGAACCGAGAGCGCUUUGCCACGAUCAAAUCAGCAUCUUUGGUUACACGGCAGAUCCAUGAGCAUGAGCAGGAGAACGAGUUGCGGGAACAGAUGUCAGGUUAUAAGCGGAUGCGGCGCCAGCACCAGAAGCAGCUGAUCGCCCUGGAGAACAAGCUGAAGGCCGAGAUGGACGAGCACCGCCUCAAGCUCCAGAAGGAGGUGGAGACGCAUGCCAACAACUCGUCCAUCGAGCUGGAGAAGCUGGCCAAGAAGCAAGUGGCUGUCAUAGAAAAGGAGGCAAAGGCAGCUGCAGCGGAUGAGAAGAAGUUCCAGCAACAGAUCCUGGCCCAGCAGAAGAAAGACUUGACAACUUUCUUAGAAAGUCAGAAGAAGCAGUAUAAGAUUUGUAAGGAAAAAAUAAAAGAGGAAAUGAAUGAGGACCAUAGCACACCCAAGAAGGAGAAGCAAGAGCGGAUGUCCAAGCACAAGGAGAACCUGCAGCACACCCAGGCUGAAGAGGAAGCCCACCUCCUGACUCAGCAGAGACUGUACUACGACAAGAAUUGUCGUUUCUUCAAGCGGAAAAUAAUGAUCAAGCGGCACGAGGUGGAGCAGCAGAAUAUUCGGGAGGAACUAAACAAGAAGAGGACCCAGAAGGAAAUGGAGCACGCCAUGCUGAUCCGGCACGAUGAGUCCACCCGAGAACUAGAGUACAGGCAGCUGCACACGUUACAGAAGCUUCGCAUGGAUCUGAUCCGUCUACAGCACCAGACUGAACUGGAAAACCAGCUGGAGUACAAUAAGAGGCGGGAACGGGAGCUGCACAGGAAGCACGUCAUGGAGCUCCGGCAACAGCCAAAAAACUUAAAGGCCAUGGAAAUGCAAAUUAAAAAACAGUUUCAGGACACUUGCAAAGUACAGACCAAACAGUAUAAAGCACUCAAGAAUCACCAGUUGGAAGUUACUCCAAAGAAUGAGCACAAAACAAUCUUAAAGACACUGAAAGACGAGCAGACAAGAAAACUCGCCAUUUUGGCAGAGCAGUAUGAACAGAGCAUAAAUGAGAUGAUGGCCUCGCAAGCGUUACGGCUAGACGAGGCUCAAGAGGCAGAAUGCCAGGCCUUGAGGCUACAGCUCCAGCAGGAGAUGGAGCUGCUCAAUGCCUACCAGAGCAAAAUCAAGAUGCAGACAGAAGCCCAGCAUGAGCGUGAACUGCAGAAGCUAGAGCAGAGGGUGUCUCUGCGCAGAGCACAUCUGGAGCAGAAGAUUGAAGAGGAGCUGGCCGCCCUGCAGAAGGAACGCAGCGAGAGAAUCAAGAUCCUCUUGGAAAGACAAGAGCGAGAGAUGGAAACUUUCGACAUGGAGAGCCUCAGAAUGGGAUUUGGGAAUCUGGUCACAUUAGAUUUUCCUAAGGAGGACUAUAGAUGAGAUUAAAUUUUUUUGCCAUUUACAAAAAAAAAAAGAAAAAAAAAAAAGAAAAAAGAAGAAAAAAGAAAACAAAAAAAUUCAGACCCUACAAAACUACAUUCCCCAUUUUGACGGGCGUUGCUCUCACUCUCUCUCUCUCUCUCUCUCUCUCUCUCUCUCUCUCUCUCUCCCUCUCCCCCCCCUCUCUCUUCCUGACAUCGUGUCGGACUAGUGCCUGUUUACUCUUACUCCAUCAGGGGCCCUUUCCUCCCCCGUGUCAACUUUCAGAGCUGGCCAAGACCCGGCUGUCCUGCUGAUCACAGUCUACAUCACAGUACUGAUGUGACUCACAAAUGUUUCCAUGGAAACCUCAGAGAUGGUUUUAACAAGAUCAACCAACAAUGACGACGAAAACACGGAUGGAUAGUGCAUUAGGCAAUCCAUCAUUGCCACCAAUCUGUGAAAGUAAAGCAAAAAAAAAAACAAAAAAAAAAACUAGAAGUAAAUAAUAAAUGCCAAGGGGGAGAGAGACACAAAAUCCGCAGCCUUACACCUUACCCAGCUGCUGCAUAACUUUAUUUUAUUUUAUUUUUUUGGUAUUUAUUCAUCAGGAAUUAAAAAAAAAAACAAAGUUUUAUUAAAGAUUGAGAAUUUGAUACAUUUUA